CCCUCUACAUGUGACAGGAAGCAGCAGGAACCCUCUACAUGUGACAGGAAGCAGCAUCAUGACUUUAGCAGCCUACAGAGAGAAGAUGCGAGAGCUCCCCCUGGUGUCUCUCUUCUGCUCCUGCAUCCUCCCCCAACCCAGAGACCACAAGAAGGAAGCCGGCGUGGUGGACCUGAAGCUCUGCAGCAUCCGGGACAUGGAGGUGAUCGAGCUGAGCAAGCGGGCGAGCGGCCAGGCCUUCGAGGUCAUCCUGAUGCCGCCCACCUUCGACGGCGGCCCCGAGCUCCGGGCGACCACGCCGCCCCGCCUGAAGCCGUCUCUGGAGGAGAUCCAGAAGAAACUGGACGCCGCCCAGGAGAGGAGGAAGUGUCAGGAGGCGGAGCUGCUGAAGCACCUGGCCGAGAGAAGGGAGCACGAGCGAGAAGUCGCUCAGAAAGCUCUGACCAAAGAGCGCCAGGAGCACCGCGCCGACGCCGACAAGGAGCAGCGGCAGAUGCACCUGAACGCCUCACAGGAGCGACUGGAGGACAAGCACAGCGUGGAGGUGUCCUGACGGCCUGAUCACAACACAAGCUGAACUUUCUCUGGAAGCCGUUUGGAGGCCAUCGAGCUGAGGGCGACCCGGCGCCGCUCCGACCCGGAGGCGGACAGGAAGUGACCCUGAAAAGAGCGAGAGAAGAAGAACAAGAGGAGGAGGAGCCUGGCUGCUCUUUGAACCAGGACUCUGUAAACCAGGAUUCUGUAAACCAGGACUCUGUAAACCAGAACUCUGUAAACCAGAACUCUUUGAACCAGAACUCUUUGAACCAGAACUCUGUAAACCAGAACUCUUUGAACCAGAACUCUGUAAACCAGAACUCUUUGAACCAGAACUCUUUGAACCAGAACUCUGUAAACCAGAACUCUUUGAACCAGAACUCUGUAAACCAGAACUCUUUGAACCAGAACUCUUUGAACCAGAACUCUUUGAACCAGGACUCUUUGAACCAGAACUCUUUCUAAUGAGAUGAACUCUCAAAACUUCUGAAGGACGCCACGUAAUCAUCAUCGCCAUGCCAACAGUGCCAAUGUCUUCAUGUGUGUGUGAUUGUGUGUGUGAUUGUGUGUGUGAUUGUGUGUGUGAUUGUGUGUGUGUGUGUGAUUGUGUGUGUGAUUGUGUGUGUGUGUGUGUGAUUGUGUGUGUGAUUGUGUGUGUGUGUGUGAUUGUGUGUGUGUGUCAGUCAGUGCGUUUACAUGCAAUCGAAUUAUUGGCUUAGUCGGACUGAAAUCUAAUGAUCCGUUUCAUGUAAACACCUUAGUCGGACUGUGCGGUCCGACUUCGGUCCGAUGAACACCCUGGAUAGCUCGGUCCGAUCCAGUUGAUAAUUCGACUCUCGCGGCAUGUAACUCCCUCCUCCCUCCUUCCCUCCCUCCCUCCUUCCCUCCGCCCUCCCUCCCUCCCUCCCAUGUCGUGACCCGGAAGUCGAAAGAGACGAUAAAUUAAAUUCUCCGUGUACCUUCGGCGACGGCGUCUUCUCUCCGUUAUCAACUCAGCCAACAGCGCCAUUUGCAUUCGCUGUACUCCUAUGAACACCAUGGAGGAAGAGCAGAGGGAUGGAGCUUCGCCUCGCUCUCUGUUCGCCAUCUUUCUCCAAAUGUUGUUGUUGGUGGUGGUGAAGAGGUCAAGCGGAAGUGGCUGCAUCACCACGAGUUGUAAUGAAAACAGCGCCGCCCAUCGUAUCGGAUGUGACUUGCUUUCAAAGGCCAAUGAUUCACUCACUGCCAUGUUGGGAUAACAGCAGAUCCCCCAAAAGAUAGCAGAGUCCGACUAAAGCAAGAUUCGAAUUAUACCAUCAUGUAAACGCACUGUGUGUGUGUGUGUGUGUGAUUGUGUGUGUGUGUAAUUGUGUGUGUGUGUGUGUGUGUGUGUGUGAUUGUGCACGGAUGAAGGAAUCAAAGUCUUGUAAGUUGUAAAAAGUUGGACCCAACCAAACAGAACCUGAACCUGGAGGAAAAGUUGGUCCAGAACUGCUUCUAGUCGACCCGAGUCUCUACUAGAGUCUCUACUAGAGUCUCUACUUCUACUAGAGUCUCUACUUCUACCCGAGUCUCUACUAGACCUGUGUGUGUGUGUGUGAUGAAGAUGAUGAUGAUAAAGAUGAAGCUGAUGAUGAUGAUGAAGAAGAAGAAGAUGAUGAAGAAGAUGAUAAUAACGAUGAAGAUGAUGAUGAUGAUGUACAGAAAUCACAUUCUAUUUUAAAUUAAAAAAUAAAACAACUUUA